AUGGUCGUUAACAGUUUCAACGGGCUCGUAGUUGGUCCAGGUCAACUUAAUGGAAUCGGAGGUGACAUCUAUGCAGUUAAUGCCUUCAAUGGUCCUCGAGCUUCUCGUCCCACCAUGUCUCGUAGUUCUUCGGGUUUACCGGUUCAGGCAUCAUCUUCCACGAUCAUAAAUUCAUUCCAAGGUAAUAUUGUUGGACCUAAUUCAUUGCAAAAUAAUGCUGGAAUAUCACUGGUACCGACAAGAAUCGCCUCAACUAGUAAUUAUUCGCGG